AUUUUCAUUUACUUCCCCGAAGCUCACACAAGGGAAGCUUAACGAGUUUUUUCAGUUCCUUCCGAUCAUCUCUCUGUCUCUCUCUAAAUUGAUCGCUGUGCCGUUCAACUGGUAUCAUGAAUUGUGAAGUCUGUCCGCUUAAAGAAUUGGAAUUGGAGAACUUUGAGGUUCGGGAAGUUUUGCGAUGCGUUCUACACACAAUAUUCUUUCAUAGGGCUUUAGGUCUUGUGCGUCCCAAAGAUGUUGAUUUGGAACUCUUCGACAUUACAUACGUGCAAUGUGGCGACUUGGACCUUGAGAAGAAAAUAGAGGAGAAGAUUGACCAGUUCAUUGAUAGGGCGGAGAAACACCCGAACAAGAAAUAUCAGAUGUGUUUAUCUUUCUAUGAAGUGAAAAACAAACCGGGAACGUGGUUCCCGAAGAAACUUGAGCGCCUAUACUGGGAACAGUGGGAGAUUAAUUUGAAUGUGGUGCAACAACCGAAAGCACAUUCUAGCAAAUCGCGUCAUUCCAAAGUAGUAGUGGAUCCAGGAGAGAGUGCGGAGGAGGAGAUAAGUAUUCGUCGGGCAGCACUAGAAGCAUCUCUUCGUGAGGUUUUGUUUCAGAUAAUAAAAUUCGUGAAUGAGAAAAAGGAUCAUGUUCCGCCGAUACCGAAUCUUGAUGGCAUCUCCUUUCCCUAUGAAAUCACGAUCCCAGGUUCUUCAGAUUCCGCAUUUGGGAUGGACAUGUUUAAGAGGAUGCUUCAAACUGGACAUCCUACCAUGCUUAGCUGAUGCGGAUCUCUCCUGAUGAAUUGAUUCUUCCUCGUCUCCUCAGGUAUAAUAAAUGUUUCUUGUUUCUCAUGGAGUCUCAUGUGUAUAUGGCAGCUUUAUAUACACCUCCUUUUAGGAUAGCUAUUUGAGAUGAACAUGGGUAAACUUAUCUGUACAAUUUGCGGACGGAUUUGUACAUAUUAAAUUGCUUUAUCUUUGAAGGGUUUCGUUC